AUGCUACUCAAAGAAUACCCUGAAGAAUAUGUCCAAAAUAAUGCAAGAAAUUGGCUGAAAAUUCAACAGGACAUUGCGUUUGUGAAGAAAUCAUUAAAGGGCAGUGGACCGCCUCGACGAGAAAUUGUGAAAUCUCUCCUUGAGAGAAAAAAGUCCGCGGAGAACGACAAACGUCUUGGACUUAAAAGUCUUCCAGAACGUGGCGCCGCCGCGAACAGCUCAACUGCUGAUUGCUCGCAAACCAGAGUCCUGCUCGAAAGCUACGGUGUAACUUUCCCUGAUCGGCGAGACUUUACUAGCUCAACCAGUUUCUGCUUGUCGCCAAAUACAGUAGAGGAAGAGGAAGAACAGCUUUGCAUGGCUAAACAGUUGUCUCUUGGUUCCAUACCAUUUGAUAAUGGCGAUAACACUGAACAAACUAAGGAAGUGGCCAAUAUUUUGCUGUCCUUCAAGUCUUCAAAGGAAUGA